AUGGAAGACCUCAAGCGCUAUCUCGUGUCUCUUCCUGCGGCACUUGACUUCAAGGAGCACGGAAAGGUCAAAGUCAACGUCUACAAGGCGCUCUACUAUGCCGUUUCUGGCCAAGGAAAGUAUGCGCCGCUUCUCUUUGCCAGUCUCCCGCCCGAGGAGUUGGAGCACCUCAAAAACUACCUGUGGCAGCCAAAAGUGAGCCGCUCCAAGCCGUUUUACAAGUACGUGGCCAAACAUGCAUACACACAUCCACCGAACCAGACAUGCGGCCGCCCGUUGUUGCUUGGCGAGCCGGUCUACCGGUGCCAGGAGUGUGGGUACGACGACACGUGCGUGAUCUGUGUCCACUGCUUCAACCGGGCCGACCAUGUGGGCCACUCGGUCAUGAUGUAUACGUCACGCCGUGAUUCUUCGGGAAUGUGCGACUGUGGCGACGAGACUGCGUUUGUGAGGCCGCUCAAUUGCAACUGCCAGCAGGCGCCGCCAGAGCCGCUUCCGGAGGAGCUUAGUCUGCUCAUCGAGAGCACGAUCCGUGUCGUCUUGGACUACAUUCUAGACGUGGCCAACUUCUCCGUCAACACGUUGCCCUUGGUGCAUCGCAACAUCAACAGCCGCGGAGAGAUCAACGUGACAUCGCUCCAGCUCUCCGAUUUCUGCUCGCUCCCGGCCGCCACAUAUGGCGCCGUGGAUGCCAAUUCGGACGAAUGGCACUUGGUUCUCUGGAAUGAUGAGAAUCACGAUUACCCCGAGGCGGAAACAGGCAUCCGUGCCGCAUCGGGCGUCGACGACCGCACCGCAAAGUCCAUUGCUAUGACGGUCAACUCAGAGGGCCGUGCGAUUCUCCGGUCUGCGCCCAACUACGCCGAUUUGCUCAAACCACAGCGCCGCGCAGAGGUCGAUGGGUUGGUCGCCACUAUCAUGUCUUCCCGUGAUUAUAUGCGUGAACAGAUUGUGGGUGCUAUGGUGUCUUGGCUUGCAGAUGUGGUGGCCUUUUCGGGAAAUGACAGUUUCCGUGAAGAGUGUCGGCGCAUCUUGCCCAAAGUGCUUUUGGAACCAGGCUUUGAGUUUUCCAAGGUGAUUCCGUCAGAGUUCUUCCGCAUUGCAGCGCCAGAAUCCGUGGUGAAACAGCAUUUCUUCGAAAACGGCUUGCUUUUCGAUGGCGAGCUUUUGAACUUGGCCCUAACCACACUCAAGCCCGGCGUGUCGCUGCUGUCGAUCAUGGCGCCUGUGCACAACAUUCUCCGGGCACCGUUCGAGGUACAGUUGGCUCGCUCUCGCAUCCAGUAUUUGUUGGCCUUUGAGAUCCGCCUCGUUGCCAAUGUCCGCAAAAAGUUAAUCAAAUCCAUUCUCCCUAUGCUUUUUGUCGAUGCUCAGAACAAAGCUACGUUUUGCCAACAAUACAUUGACGUCUACCCGAUUGUGUUGACAGUCUUGGCACUUUCAGACCGAGAGGAACAAAUUGCAUCUACCAACGAAAUUGCCACACAGUUGUUCACAUGCCCCAAAACAAACAUGUGGGUGGUCACCUCUGGCAAAUUGGGAAAUAUCCUUGGUCCGUUGUCGGCCUUGAUCGAAGAACAUUCGGCUCGCAAAAACGAAAGCGGCCUACCUAAUUUGGUCGAUAUCAUAGUGGACAUUCGAAGUAAGAGGGAAAAAUCGUCCAUCCAGCGUGUUAUAUCCGAUGCUGUCAACACCUUCCACCAUAUUGUGAGCAAAAAUAACUGCACUGACAUCAUGAACGUUUUUCUCAUGCAUGACAAUCUCAUGUUAUUCCUCAACUUUCUCAAAUACUUCCAAGGCGCCAUGGAGAUUGUUCGAAAGUAUGGCGACCAUGUGGAACGCGAGCUGUUGGAAUCUUUCUACUCCUUUUUACAAAGAGCAGUUCCGUUGUAUCAGCUUGUGAGUAAUAUUUGCACCACAGAAAGAGUCGAAGAGAACCGUGUGACCAAAGCGGCACUUUUGACGUUUGAGUUUUUAUCGCAGCGAAACUUGCGGAUGAAAGCUCCUGGCAUCGCUGAUUUCCGUGUCAGCAAAGACCCUGUUUCAUACAUGAACCCAGAAAACUCAUUUUUCUCGUACUUGCUCCAGAACAGUAAUUUUGAGGAGGUGUACACCAAAAUCAAAAGCUGCAAGUUUCCAUUUGUGCAUGUGUCAGACUUCUCCUUGCGCAGUAUUGUACUAGUGUCGCAAGUGAAAGUGGGUUUCUGGAUCCGAAACGGUAUUUCCGUUUCCAGACAAAUCAUCUAUUACACAGAUUCUUUUAUGAACGACGUGGCAUAUUAUCGUGAUUUCCACUUGAAUCAGGUCGCAAUAAUGGUUGAUGAUCCGAAAGUGACACUUUUCAACUUUUUAGACAGGUGGGAGUUAUUGUCUUGGUAUGCUGGGGAGGUAUCCCAUGAUAAGACGGUUUAUGAUGAGAGGUUCGGAUUCAUGUGUUCGCAAUUCGUGAUUUUCUUGUACGUUUUGUUGACUGACCGUUUCUUCUUCGACAACAGCAGCAGUACCAAAAAGAAUUCUCACAGAGUGAAAAAUGCCAUCUGUUACGCGCUUUGCGAGGGCCCAAAGGCAUACUCUAGGCUUAAGACUGAGCUUAGUACGUCUGAGAGUGACGUCGAUAAUUUUGAUGAACUUUUGCUAGAAUGCGCAAAUUACCAAGAGCCAACAGGACUUACCGACUUUGGUAUGUAUAGGUUGAAGCCAGAGCUUUACGAUAGCCUCGAUCCUGUUAAUUUGCAUCUCGACGCUAGCAAGUCCGAAACUAUCAUGGAAUCUUUGAUCUCAAACAUUGCCAAGGCAAAGAAAAUUGAUGAGAAGAAGGUGAUUUUGAAACCUGAUUUCUACUAUGCUGAGUCGUCAUUUGUCAAUAAGAAAAUUGGUGAGUUUACUCGAACGACAGAGUUUGCCAAAUUGAUUUACAAACUAUUGCAGUAUUCUUUAGAUGCUAAGGACGAACAAUUUUUGCCAUACAUUUUGCAUUUGAUCCACGCUGUUAUAAUCGAUGAUGAGCAAAUAAAUGGCCAAAACCAUUUAUUGGAAAGUUUCAUCACUAUCCCCAUUAGCGAUUUAUUAAUGACUGUGGCAGAUUCAACGAUGGCGUCUCACAUUGUUCUGAAGGCUGAUUUCUUGCUUGAUCUGUUCGUUUCUAAAGAUAAUCGUAUUCUUGAGUCUUUGAUUGAUUGCUUUGGAGAGGAACACGUACAAUCCUACAAAAAACGUAAAGUAGGAUUGUUCGAAAGCGAUGCUGAAAAGAAGAAACGUCAAGCCGAGGGCAGAAAGGCGCGGAUUAUGAAGAAGUUUGCCAAGCAGAGAGAACAGUUUAUGGAACAGAAUAAGUUAGAAAAUGAUGACCAAGGCGAAGUGACGGACGAUCAAUCAAAAGAGUCAUUGAAGUGUGUCAUUUGCGGCGAAGACGAGAAUACUGAAGAUACUUUUGGUCUUUUGCUUUGCGCCAACAAAAGUUCCAUUUUUUGGAAAUUACGUCCGGAACACAAAUUUGCAAAACACGCAUUCCAAGAUUGGGAUUUCGUUUUGAAACCUGAGGGUGAUAAUGUCUAUCCUAUCGGAUAUCCAUAUAGUUUCAUGAGAGAGGAUAGGGUUAAGCUCGACGGUUCUGUUGCAUUCAGUUGUACCCAUGGAAUGCAUUAUGCAUGUUUUGAAGAGGCUCGGCGUCACCAUGACCAAUUCCCAUGUCCAUUGUGUCAUGCAGCUCAUGACAACUUUAUUCCUAGAUUCCUAAUCGACUCCAAGCCAUUUGUAGGCGCAGAAUCACUUGAUGGCGAGAUGCAAUGGGUACCUUACAAAGAGCUUCUCCUGGAAAUUGGGGAAUUUAAGGCGCAAACUCUUAUUAAAACGAUGUUGUCCGAUGAGUAUUUGGAUGAGAAAGGCGAGUUAAAGAAGAGCAUCGAUGACGUCAUUCCUUGGGGCGAAAUUUUAACGAUUGGUAAAGUUCAAGCUUUCACUCACCACGAAUACGAAAGGGUGAUCGAGUUCACGACACUCUUGGCCAACACGGUGAGAUCGCAAGAGAUGACAACACGUUUGGAAGGGAAUAAGGCAUUUUCCAACUUUUUGGAGCAAAUCCCUAACUCUGCAAAGAUGCUUAUCCGAUCAAUGGCUCAAUUUAGUGCUCUUUCAUUUGCAAAGUAUAAAUCAUCUUUUUCCGGCCCUCAUUUUGACCUGAAGUUGCCACGUACAGUUUACGAAAACAUGGACAGUAUCUUCAAUGAAAUUGUCGCUCUCUUUUUCCAAACAGAUUACUCGUGGCACUCAUUGAUGAGAAUGGGCUUUGCCAAAUUAGUGGCUACCAAUUUCCUUACUCUUGAUACAGAAUUAAUCAUAGAAGAACCGUGGAAUGUCAUGCCAUACAAGCAAGCUACGGAAAACCAACUACACUGGGUAAAGGAAAAUUUGAACAAACACAGGCCUAAAGCGUCCAGAGACCUAACUAAAGAGGAAGAAGAAAAUGUUGAGUCCAGAGCAAUCUUUUUUGGCAUGGAAAGAAGUGUUUUGCCUUUUUUGAGACAAUGUGCUAUUUUCACAGACAUUCUCACGAGUGAACAAGUUGACCUGAGCACAUUCCAAUCGAUUGACAAGUUUGCCAAACUCAAGGAGGAGAUCGAAAAUCAAGAGUAUCCAGACUCGCCAGAUGCAUUGUGCAAAGCGUUGAAUCUUCCCAAAAUCGAAGAUAUCUUAGCUUGUAUGUAUAAAGAUCAAGAGAUCCACCCAUUCGAAGGCUCUUAUUAUAGAGAGUUCGCUGAAAUUUACUAUCAUCCAGACAAAGCACUUAUUCCACUCGAGUAUCCGGGCGUUAUUCGUUUGAUUGAUUUGCCAGACGAUUAUCAAGAUUGCGUGACAGACAGAAAUACCGCUAUUAUCGACCAAAAGUGCAACGCAAUUUGCUUACUAUGCGGCAGUUACCAGAAAUCUAGUGAUAUUGGUCAGCACUCCAAAAUAUGUUGUGAAAUGCCAAUCUUCUUCAAGCCCAUCUCCAACACUUUGGAAAUUCUAAUAUUUAUUGGAGCAAACGGCAUUGGUAUAAAAAUCCCGGCUCCGUACUUGACUAUACAUGGAGAAAUCAAGAAGGAGAGACAACCUGGCAAAGCUACAUUAAACCGUUUCAGAUACAAUUAUCUCAGCAAACUUUGGCUCAAUCAAGGUCUCUACGGAUUUGCAUCUCGGUCUCUAUUCGGCGUCCGAGCAGUCCCAAGGGACCCUGUUGAGUUGGAGGAAAUCUUCAAUGAAGAAAUCGACUCCUCUGAAGAUGAGUUUGAUGUAUGGUGA